AUGUAGCCUUGUGAUCAUGUUGGUCAUUGGACCUUGGGAACUCCGCAACACCUGCUGAGCCAGCCUAGUCUCGCACUGGCCAAGGCUGGAAUCCGGGUACUGUAGAUCGCUCCUAUUCCCGUCUGGAGUAGACUGGCUUCUGAUCGUCAGAUUUAGAUAGAGCGAGACUGUGUUGUGUACACUGGAGUCAGCUGUGGAUGGAUGUUGUAUGGGAGUGAUUUCAACACCCUGAAAACCGGGUACUAGUAGAUAGCAGUUCCGAGAACGGUCGUUGGCCGAGAGCGGGCAGAUCGGAAAGGGUUGCGGCAGGUCGAGAGGAACACUGAUCGUGAUCGCGAUUAAAUGCAUGUGAAGUGAUCCAAAGUAGUACCUUUCUGCAAAAGGGAUCUGGUCGGCCUAGGAAGGAGUCUCGCAGUACGACGGCGACGGACGGCUGACAGGAAGAGAAAGCUCGCGAGAAGGAAAGCUGACGGAGAACGUAAGCUGACGGAAACGGAGGAGGCAUUUUGAGUGGACUGAAAAGCUGACGGAAACGAAGCAGGCGUCGCAGCAUGGCGGAUGGCAGCCCCGUCGGCUCAACGGCGAGCGAUUGCGGCUUUUGGUGUCUGGUUACCAGUCGUCGGUUAGCCGAGGCUGUUUCGUCACUGGCAAAGCCGAGAGAGGUCGUGCUGCGACCCAAGGAGGAGCAGGAUCUGGUGGGGUUCGGAUGGCGGGAGAUCCUUGGAUUCAAAGACAAGUCGUCGGGGAAUGACGAGCUUGCGGCUGAGACGCAUCAGGUGUACUAUGUGACGAACCGUGUGUGCGAGAGAGUGGACGAGAAGAUGGGCCAGGUGUACGGCAAGCUCAUGGACAGUGGCUUGCACGUCGGUGUUGUGGAUGUGGACUGUCCGAAUGGCAAGCCUCAAGUAAAGCCAGAGGGGCAGCUUGUAACGAGCAUGGAUGCAGAAGCAUUCAAGCAGCGGCUGCGAGAGCAUGUGGCUCGGGACGAGAACAAGGCUGUGCUGGUUUAUGUGCAUGGCUGCUUUACUGAUUUCAGCCGGGGCAUGGGCUAUGGCGCAUUCAUGCAGCGAGGGCUGGACUUUACGGGGCCCAUGGUGGUGUACAGCUGGCCCACGGUGGGGCGGCCGUCUGUCUCAGCGGGGCUGGGAGUGAUCAAUCUGUACCGCCAAGACGAUGUCACUUCCAUGCAGGCGGCGCCCGACCUCCGAGAUCUCCUGCAAAUGCUGUCAACCGAGCUGGGAGCCAAGGCGGUGCACGUCAUGGCGUACAGCAUGGGCGCGCGCACGCUCCUGGAGGCUCUUCGCCUCUCCUCCCUCUCGCCCCCGGAGCAGGACCCCUUCCAUGAGCGCACGGGCGUCACUUCCCACAUCUACUUCAUGGCGCCCGACGUCGCCGCACACACCUUCUCGUCUGUGAUAAGGGCUUUCAAGUUCCCUGGGCUGGCGUGGGGGGAAAGGGAAGGAAGUGAUACGGUGAAUGGUUCUGAUGGAGACGACAGAGAGGGCUUGGGAGUACGGGAGGGGGUAGGGGGCUUGGUGGUGGGGAAGGGGGAGGGGGUGGGAUCAGCUGUUGCUGCUGCUGCUGCAGGAGUGGUGGUCUCAGGGGAGGGGUGUGAAGGGAGAGAGGAAGAGAGGGAGUCUGGAGAUUCGGGCUUUGGGCGUUUGACUCUCGUUCAGCAAGUCAAGGCAUCAUCUCUAUCUCAAUCAUCGUCACCAUCGUUGCCAUCCCCAUCAUCAUCACCCCCCUCUUCAUUGGCCUCCCUCUCCUCUCCCUUCUCCUCUCCCUCCUCCCCUCUAUCUCCCUCAUCCCACUCUUCCUCCUCUCUUUCUCCCACACCCCAAGAGGCACAAUCUCGUAUCCCACACACCCCCUCCUCCUCUCACCCCUCCUCCUCUCACCCCUCCUCCUCUCACCCCUCCUCCUCUCACCCCUCCUCCUCUCACCCCUCCUCCUCUCACCCCUCCUCCUCUCACCCCUCCUCCUCUCUCCCUUCCUCCACUUCUCCCCAUAGCCACUGUGAGUUAGAAGCUACCAGCAGAGAAAGAGAGGCGCAGAGUCACGAUUCAAUGAUAGAGAGGAUCGCUGACGUCUGGAAUGUGGCUGGGGAGGGCACGUCAGGCUGGGUGACGCUAAAGCAGGCUUGGCAGGAGGUUCGGGAAAAGGGGCUGAUGGAGGUUUGGAACGAGAUCUUCCACCCGCCAGGCCUUGCCGAACCAGACAGGCACGGGGGUGCCGAGGCUCAGCCGAGCCGACAUGUCGAAGCAGGGAGAGAUGGUGGUGCGUGUGAUCCUGCGUCGCAGGGAAGACAACCAGAGGGUUUGAGUCAGGGCUGGAAUUCAAGAGUGGCUCACGGUAGCAGUACUGUUAGCGAGAGGGCUACUGCGGGUAUGAAGGAGGAUGCCAAGGCAAGAGAGGAAUGUGGGUCUGGUGAGGAAGAUUGUGGGUUUAACCCACGUGCUGCUGACUCGUGGCAGUCGGAGGUUGAGAGCUGGGGUAGAGCAGCCAGUGGAGGGGCGAAACGGCCGGUGCCACCAUCAAUGCCGUUGCCAGCAGAAGGGGUGGCAGCAGUGCCAGCAGAAGGACCAGCAGCAGCAGCGGCAGCAGCAAAUCAUUCUAAAGGAGGUGUCAGAGGGAUGAAUGGCCGGGGCUGCACCAGCACGCGGCCAGGAGAGCAGGCUGACACUCAGCCAACAGUGCACAGCAUUGCGCUUGCAGGAGCAGCCGAGCAGCCUGAAGGGCACCUGAUUGCAGGAGCAGCAGAGCAGCCAGCAGAGCGGACCAACGCUCACAUACAUCUGUUCACGGCUCGCAACGACAUUGCUCUGCUGCUGUCAGAAUUCAUGGACGCUGGUAUUCCCAAGGUGCGGGCAGGGAGGGGAUCCGAUGACUUCCUUUUGUGCUGCGGGCAGCGCGCCUUUGACACGGUUGACGUGAGCAACCUCAACAGCGGGCUGCUCAGCACGGGCCACUUCUACCUCUUCCAUAAGAUCGUGCGCCGAGACAUGCGGCACCAGAUGCUGGGGGGCGGAGGAGAUGGAGGGGGAGUGGGGGAGGAGCUGUGGUGGAGGGAGCAUGCGGAGUGGAACCAGCACAAGUAUGUGCGCCUCACUGCUUCAAGGCCAGCUGCUUCAGCAUCGGCAUCGUCAGCAUCGUCAGCAGCAGCGUCUCCUGCUGCUGCGGCUCCUGUUGAGCCGUUCUCUGCUGCUGCUUCUCCGCCCCACCCACUCUUCCGUUGCGCUAGAGCGGAAGCUGCCAGCCACCCUCCCAGUACGAGCCACAGCAGUGGCAGCACCAGCAGCAGACUGGCUUCUACAUCCGCUAGAAGCACAGCCCAUCCAGCUAUUGGUGUUGGUGCUGCUGACAGAAGCCUUUUGUUCGACUCGUCUCCACUUAUCUGGGCGUGCCCUUGAGUUGGGGUGCUGAAACAAGUAUAGUAAAACACACAAAUCUUAUUUAGUUCCUUUUUGUCUAACGUUUCUAAAUGCUGCCUGCGAGCAAUUCCAUCAAGCACGUCUCAUGGGAUGAGAAAACAUGAUAAAUUAAGAUGUUCACUUAUU